AUGCUCCCUUCCUCUGUCCUCUUUUCGGUGUUGACCUUCUUGGCCGGCGCACAGGCAGCAACCAAGGAUCAGUGGCGUUCCCGGAGCGUAUACCAACUCCUCACCGACCGAUUCGCCCCUCCUACCCCUGACAAGCAAUGCGAUCUCCGGAGCUACUGCGGCGGGACAUGGCAGACCCUCAUCUCUCGGUUGGACUAUCUUCAGAACGCAGGUUUCGACGCCGUCUGGAUCUCACCGACCGGGCUGGGUUUGGAGGGUUUCACCAAAUGGGGCGAGAAUUACCACGGAUUCUGGACGGUCGACCCUUUCGCCCCCAAUCCCCACUAUGGCUCCGCUGCCGACCUCAAGGCGCUCUCGGCCGCUCUUCACGCUCGAGGGAUGUACCUCAUGGUCGAUAUCGCGGUCAACCACCUCGCUUCGACCGAUACGGACAUCUCGGACGCGGCGUUGGCGAGGAAAUCAGACGGGAAGCUGUUGUUCCAGAAGGAGAGCAAUUUCCAUCCUGCGUGCGGUAUCAACUGGGGCAACCAAGAAUCAGAGCAGAAGUGCUGGCUCGCGCAGGACGGAGUGGCGCUCAUGGAUCUCAAGACGGAGGACUCGGCGGUGGCCGAGUCUCUCAGGAAGAAGUUCGCGGCGUACAUGGCCGAAUAUGGGAUUGAUGGUGCACGGGUGGACGCGUCUAAGCACAUGACGAAGCAAUUCCAGCACGACUUCUGCUCUGGUGCGAACACCUUCUGCAUUGGAGAGGUGUAUGAUGACAGCACCGCCGUCGCUGCUGCAUACACCAAUGGCGACGGUAUUGACUCUGUGUUCGGCUUCGGAAUGAUGUGGGGCGCCGUCGACGUCUUUGCCAAAGACAAGCCUAUGUCAGCCCUCUCCCGCCGCGCCCAAGAAGCCAACUCCGAGUACGCCGACGCGACCCUCAUCGGCGCUAUCCUCGACAACCAUGAUCUGCCCCGUUUCAACUCGCUCGCCUCGGACAAGUCGAACGUCUACAACGCCAUGGCCCUUCAAUUCCUCUUUGGCGGUAUCCCCACCAUGUACUACGGCCUCGAACAGGACAUCUCGUUCGGCGCGCACGAUCCGGAGAACCGUGCCCCUCUCUGGCAGUACGGGAACUUCCAGACCGCCGGCGACAGUUACAAGCGGGUCGCAAGGUUGAACUUGAUCAGGAGGAAGAUGGGCGAGCUGGGCGGAUUCCAUGAGGUGAUAGGAAAGGAGGUGGGGGCGACGGAUGACGAUAUUGCGUUUGAGCGGAAUGGGGCGUUGUUGGUCUUGACCAAGCGUGGUGCUGGUCAGGGCGGCGACUGGACGAUCAAUAAAGCUGGCUUCCCAACCGAUGCCAAGCUCGUCGACCUUCUCUCCUGCUCUACCGCUGCCGCAGACCCCGAUGGCUCCCUCAAAGUCACCUUCAACAAUGGCUUCCCCUUCUUCUACGUCACCAAGGACAUUGCAGACCAGACUGAGAUUUGCGGGAAGAUACCUUCCAGCUCCUUUAGCUCCGCGUCAAGUUCUGCGUCACUAUCAGCUUCCGCCAGCUCAUCAAGCUCGGUCUCGGUGUCAGCCAGUGCAAGCACCUCGGUAUCGUCCUCGUCCGCCGGCGUGGCCUCCCCCUCGCCUGGUAGCCCGGUCGCAAGCUCAUCCUCCUCCCAGGUCAGUCAAGAUCCCGCCUCAACCUCUUGUCCACCCGGCUCCACCCCAAGCGCACCCAUCAAGGAAGGCUCAGCCGCAGAACCAGACCAGCCUCAGCCAGGACCAGAAGACCCCUCCCUGCCCCCAUCUUCCGAUCCCAACGGGCCCAACGACCCCAAUGCGGGAUAUCCAGCUGAACAGCCCCAGUCCUUGUCCUCCUCCGCGUCCGCAACCGCCACCAAAGAAGCAGCCAUCGGCUCCCCCUCUCAGCCCGGUAUCAACCCCAAACCGCCAGCCAGCUCCGGCUCGGGAAGCGGGAACGGAAACGGACAAGGAUCAGGACAGACGAGCGGCGCCUGUAAGCGCCGGAUCGUCCGUAAGAGGGGGAUGAGCAGUAAGUCUUCUCGUUCUUCUUCUGGUCUGGCUCGUUCUUCUUGA